CGUCUGAGCCCCGGAUCAGACGCACUUCCUUCGGGAGCUCAGCUGGAAGGACACCGGCGGAGGAGCGGAGCGAAGCGGAGACACUCGUGAAUAAAUUAACGAUCUGCCAUGCUGCCCAGACUCCCUUUCUGUCUCCUAAUUUCUUUGCCAGUUCUCUUGGUGCAAGGCAGCGCCGCUAAUUCAUCCAAGACGAGCCCCGCUGCCCCGACCACCGCCCCACCUCGCCCUCCUCCUCCUUUGGGUGACCCGAGCUGGGCUCUGGGUCUGCGCCUCUACCGGGCCCUCCGCUCUGACUCUGCCUCGGUGAACACCCUCUUCUCCCCUCUGCUCGUGGCCGCCUCGCUUGGAGCGCUGGGUGAAGGUUCAGCUGGUAACACUGCCAGCCAGGUGCAAGACCUCCUCAAGCCAGCAGCCCCCUCCAAGGCAGGCACCCAGACUGGGGAGCUUCUGUCUGAGGCCUUGAAGAGCUUCACUGAUGCUAAUGGAACCAGCUUUCACUUGCAUGCAUCCUCAGCUGUGUUUUUGAAACAGGCCCCUGCGUUCAGCCAGGAGUUUGUGAAGAAGAGCCAGAGCAGGUGCAGGCUGCAGCACCAGACGCUGGGGAAAGGUGACUCCAAGGCUGACCUGAAGCAGCUCCAUGACUGGGCUAAGGCUGGCCUCAGUGGGCUUGAAGGAGCUCCUUUGGAGGCAGAGAUCAAGGCCAAGGCUGGAGCACUGAUCCUGGCCAAUGCCAUCCGCUUUAAAGGGCUGUGGGAGAGAGAGUUCAGCGAGGGGAGCGCAGAUCUCCGUACCUUCUUGGGAAAGAAAUACACCAAAGUGAUGAUGAUGCACAGAGCAGGUUUGUACCGUCACCACGAGGACGUUGACAACAUGGUGCAGCUCGUGGAGGUGCCUCUGUGGGGAGGCAAGGCCAGCCUCGUGCUCCUCAUGCCCUUCCACGUCGAAAAUCUGGCUCGGCUGGACAAGCUGCUGACCCUGGAGCUGCUGUCCAAGUGGCUGGAGAAAGCCAGUGUUACUAGCGUGGCUAUCUCACUGCCCAAAGCUAACAUCACCAGCACACUCAGUAUGCAGAAACAGCUGUCUGCUCUGGGCUUGACCGAUGCCUGGGACCAGAAGGUGGCAGAUUUCUCCGGGGUGUCGGACAAAAGCAAAGGGAAGCUUCAUCUCGGCGCCGUCGUCCACUGGGCUUCCCUGGAGCUGGCGGGUCAGGCUGGGAAAGGAGAUCUGGAGGAUGAGAACGUGGAAAAGCCCAAGCUGUUCUACGGCGACCACCCCUUCAUCGUCUUCGUUCGAGACGACACGACCGGAGCGCUGCUGCUGAUGGGAGCUCUGGACCACGCGGAGGGAGAGGCUUUACACGACGAACUGUAGCACCCUCUAGCAUCUGUCUUUCUCUGUCUUUUACCCCUUCGCAUUUCCCUCUCAAGCGCUGGUUUCCAAGUCGAGACAUUGUCAUUCACUGUAGCACACUAUCACUUCACACCGCGUCUGGCUGUCACACGUUGACACCACAUAGUCUUACACUGACUGACACUGACACCGCCAUACCCGACACUUACAGUCGCGCACACAUACCAACACCUACAUGACAUCCGUAAAUGAAAAUACAGUACGGGACAUUACCAAAGCUGACGGAUACAGCAGAAACGCUAACUUUGAGAGGCUCCCCCGUUCACAUUUACAUUCGCACGCACACUUUCAAGGGCUCAGUGAUCAAGUCAACACAAAGCAAAAUGACAAACAAGAGUGCACUGACAAACUGUAACAUGCUGACAAAGCAGAAGCGGUUCCACUGACACACAGCUGCAUCAACAGAGAACUUUAACAAACAGGAGCUCGUAGUGAUGCCUGAAACCUCCCUGUCAGGCAAACACCAGGGCAGGUGUGUGUGUCUGUGUGUGUUUGUGUGGUGACCGACAGAUCAAGGGUGCCCGUGGGGGCCACUCUCUGAGCUGGCAGGAACCUAUGCUGGGGUCCCCUGGGCUACAUCUGAGGAAGACUGAUGGAUCAGCCAAGUGCUUAUUGAUGAGGCAGCUUAAUGCUAAUGACUGUAAUGCGUUACAGCGCUUGUCAACAACACGGAGAGGACGGGGAACCUUUUAAUCUCUUAAUGCCAUCUGGGAUCAAUGACACCAUUAUGCUGUUGGAAACAAACAUGACUGACAUCCCUUGACUUCAGUGUAACAGCUUAAUAUUUAGAAUAAUUACUGCAAUUCAGGCUUAUUGAUUCUCAUUUGUGUAUUUGUUUUCUUAUUUAGCGCCUUGGGGAGUAGAUGGGGAUUUCUUUUUACUCUUUUUUUAACUUAAGCUUCCGUGUGUAUAUCUGCGUUUUCACCGUAUCUUUGAUACGCAAUCAAUCAAACAUGUACUAUUAAUAUAUAAUACGCGUGGAUUGCCACAACUCCAUCUUUCUUGACAGCACUGAUACGAGCCGAGACGGGGCCAUAUUUUAUUUUUUUUACUUCUACCUUCAACACGGUCGUCUGACACCGAGCCCCGCAGGUUUAUGGAGGUAGAUUUAAAGCCCCGAACUAGCAUCAGUUUAUUGAAUUUUAGUGGUGGCGCAUGAUAGACUCACAGUGCAAAAGAAAGUCUAGCAGCAACUUUGUCAAAUAAGUUGCCGAAUGCUUCCCAGCGACGUCAGGUAAAAUGUGUUUCUUCCAUUCCCAGCGAUGAAUAAUUGAGAAAUAAAAUGUAUGCAUGUAUCAAAGAAAAUUGUCCCGUCUUGCUGUUUUUCUGCAAACAGUGUUAGUGUUUUGGCAUCUAGGUGGUUUGGAUGUUUUAUUUAAAGUUCCAGAGCAUUUCCCACUAAAUAUACUUUUGUGUUGUGCUGCUCGUCCACCUGGAUACACGCCCAAACUACUUUAAGUACACGGCGUCUUGUUGUAGAUGUGUAGCGACAAACUCAGAAAAAGGAGCGGUGAAUGUUCUUGUAGGUAGAAAUGUUAAUGUGUGCUACAUCUGUCCUGUUACAGUGCGUCUAGACACACAGCUGGUCUGUCUGAUUCACAGCGUUCGGAGAAAAAAAAAAUCUGUUCCAGUAACACUCUAUUCCAGCUUUGUUCCCAAAUUAGCCCCCUUUACAAGUCUGCUCAGCAACAGCGUGUGACGUGCAUGUGCGUUUGUGUGUCCAUGUGCUGUUCGGGUGUGAAUUCAUGUGUAAAUAAAGCCUCCACAAUGGCCUCUGUGCAGCACAGACCAGCAAAGGGCACAAUACUGCAGGUAUAGUCCUCGGUGGAUAAACCCGAGCGCUCAGUUUAGACAAGCUGAUGAUGGAUCUGAGGUUGUGUGCUGAGAACGCAUCAAUGCUGUUUAUUCUAAUAUCAGCUCCCUGCUGGCUCAGGUUCACAUUUUAUUGAAAACACUGACAAACAUGCAUGUUCACAUCUGCUCACAGGUAGCUGGACAUAAUAUGACUUAGAAAGAUUUGCUAAUAAAACAGCUUCUCAAUGGUGUGGAGCCACUGUUUUUACUGUAUAUCCAACCCAUAGAUAACAUGAUUUUUUAUUUAACCACUGUUUUCCUCAAACAAAAGAUAUAAGUUGAAAUAUUUCACUUUUUCUACAUUUCAGCUAAAAAUACCAUGUCCCAGAAUACUAAUGUGCUUUAAGCUGUUAAAAAAUUAAAUAAAAUACAGCUUC